AAACCUUCCCCUUCCAUGCUCCGCACCACCGCCGCGAUGCUCCCGUCCCCCGCCUCCCUCCGCGCGCUCCUGCGCCUCUCCCGCCGCGCCCCUUUCCCCCGCCUCCGCCAGCUCCCAAGCCCCCCGCUCCUCCCCCGCCUCCGCCCCCUCUCCUCCUCGCCCAACCCCGCCCGCGACCCCCUCGCCCCGCCGGAGCCGCUCUCCUCGGCCUUCGCCGCCGCCGCCUCCAACCCCGAAGCCCCCGCCGACUCCGACCCCGACUCCUCCUGGGGCGUCUUCGACCCCGUCGCCGGCCGCAUCGUCAUGCAGACGCACCCUCCCCCUCCCACUUCUAGCUCCGACCGAGAGGAGGAGGAGGAGGAGGAGGAGGAGGUGGUGGAGGUGAAGCCGAAGGCGAGGCCGAGCGGCGGGAAGCGCGAGCCCAGGUGGGCGGAUGUGGCCACCGCGAGGAGGGCGGCGGGGAAGGGCGGCAAGGCGCCGAGGGUCUCGUACGUCUGCAGCAACUGCGGGGACGGCUUCUCGCAGUGGUGGGGCACCUGCCGCGGCUGCCAGGCCGUGGGGACCCUCACCAAGUUCUUCCCGGGGGCCGACUCCGCCGACGCCGACGCCGACGCCGAGGGGUCGCACCACGCCGGCCGCUCGUGGAUUCGGCAGAAGAGCAAGGAGAUGGUGCCCAAGAAGCUCCGGGAAGUCACCAAGGGGUUUGACCAGGCGGGCUGGCGCAUACCGCUGCCAGGGACCUUUGGAAAUGAAAUUUCUCGGGUGCUUGGAGGUGGCGUCGUUCCUGGCUCCUUGGUUUUAGUAGGUGGGGAUCCAGGUGUUGGCAAAAGUACAUUGAUGCUACAGCUUGCUUCUAUUGUAUCUGAAGGUUCCGAGGACCAUGGGUCUUCUCCUGUUGUGUAUGUGUCCGGUGAGGAGAGCAUUGAGCAAAUUGCAAAUAGGGCUGACCGGAUGAGUAUCAAGUCUAAAGAUUUGUAUCUAUACUCUAGUACAGAUAUUGAGGAUAUCUUGGACAAAAUCCAGCCACUAUCUCCAAAAGCUCUUGUUGUUGAUUCAAUUCAGACAGUUUAUCUAUCAGCAUUUGCUGGAAGUGCUGGGAAUCAAGUGCAGGUCAAGGAAUGCACAUCUGCCUUGUUAAGUUUUGCUAAAAUGACAAAUAUCCCUGUUUUCCUGAUUGGACACGUCACAAAAACUGGUGAUAUUGCUGGCCCUCGUGUUCUAGAGCACAUAGUAGAUGUUGUUUUGUAUAUGGAGGGAGAGAGAUGCUUAUCUCAUCGACUGUUACGGUCAGCGAAGAAUCGUUUCGGUUCAACAGACGAGCUUGGUGUAUUUGAAAUGUCAGAACACGGUCUGCAAGCUGUUCUGAAUCCCAGUGAGAUGUUCUUAACUGAGCAUGACUCUGAUUCUGAGAUACUGGCUGGGCUUGCUGUAGCUGUUGUUUUGGAUGGAUCCAGAACCUUCGCUAUUGAAGUUCAGGCACUGUCUGUUCCUGGUUCUCUUGGUCAAGGAAAAGUCGUUGGCACAAAGUCAAAAAGGGUUGAGAUGAUAAUAUCAGUUCUUAUGAAGCAGGCAGGUCUAAAACUUCAGGAUAAUGUUAUUUAUCUGAAUGUGGUCAGUGGGUUCGAGCUGUCGGAGACUGCAGGAGAUCUGGCCAUAGCAGCUUCGAUUUGCAGCAGGUGAUUCCUUUUGAGGCUUCUGUUUGGGAGAUCU